UCUCUGGCCCGCCCGGGAACUCUGCGGGAGUCCGGGUCGAUCUACUCCCAGGGAUCUAGAAGUUGGGCCCCGGAGUUUCAUCCCUGAGCAGUGAGCAGGAUGAUCCCAGUGGCGGAGUUCAAGCAGUUCACAGAACAGCAGCCUGCAUUCAAGGUGCUCAAACCCUGGUGGGAUGUUUUGGCUGAGUACCUCACUGUGGCUAUGCUCAUGAUUGGGGUGUUCGGGUGCACCCUCCAGGUGACACAGGACAAGAUCAUCUGCCUGCCUAGCCAUGAAUCCCAUGAGAACUUAUCAGAAGCUCCUUGCCAGCAGCUGUUGCCUCAAGGGAUCUCUGAGCAGAUGGGGGACCUCCGAGAGCUCAGUGGCCUCAAAAAUAACCUAGACCUCCAGCAAUAUAGCUUUAUUAACCAGCUCUGCUAUGAGACUGCCCUCCACUGGUAUGCCAAGUACUUCCCCUACUUAGUGGUUAUUCAUACUCUCAUCUUUAUGGUCUGUACCAGCUUUUGGUUCAAAUUCCCUGGUACCAGCUCCAAAAUAGAACACUUCAUCUCCAUCCUGGGCAAGUGUUUUGAUUCUCCAUGGACCACUCGGGCCUUGUCUGAGGUGUCUGGAGAAAAUCACAAGGGUCCAGCUUCUGGACGGGCCACGGUGACCACAGUAACCACCACUGGGGCAGGGGCAGGGAAGGUGGGCGAAGGCGAGAAGGAGAAAGUGCUAAUAGAGCCCGAAAAGGUGGUGUCUGAACCUCCAGUUGUAACUCUGCUGGAUAAGAAGGAAGGUGAGCAAGCUAAGGCCCUAUUCGAGAAGGUCAAAAAGUUCCGAGUGCAUGUGGAAGAGGGUGACAUUCUCUAUUCCAUGUAUAUCCGGCAAACAGUGCUCAAAGUGUGUAAGUUUUUCGCCAUCCUGGUUUACAACCUAGUCUAUGUGGAGAAGAUCAGCUUUCUGGUGGCCUGUAGGGUGGAGACAUCAGAGAUCACAGGGUACGCCAGUUUCUGCUGCAACCACACCAAGGCCCACCUCUUUUCUAAGCUGGCCUUCUGCUAUAUAUCCUUUGUGUGUGUCUAUGGCAUUACCUGCCUGUAUACGCUCUACUGGCUCUUCCAUAGGCCCCUUAAAGAGUAUUCCUUCCGUUCUGUGCGCGAAGAGACAGGUAUGAAUGACAUCCCGGAUGUUAAGAAUGACUUUGCCUUCAUGCUCCACCUCAUUGACCAGUAUGACUCCCUCUAUUCCAAGCGGUUUGCAGUCUUCCUCUCUGAAGUCAGUGAGAGCCGCCUUAAGCAGCUCAACCUCAACCACGAGUGGACACCAGAGAAGCUGAGGCAGAAGCUGCAGCGUAACACGCGUGGCCGGCUGGAGUUGAGCCUCUGCAUGCUCCCAGGACUACCUGACACUGUCUUCGAACUCAGUGAGGUGGAAGCACUCAGGCUGGAGGCCAUCUGUGACAUCUCCUUUCCCCCGGGGCUCUCCCAGCUUGUGAACCUUCAGGAGCUCAGCUUGCUUCACUCACCAGCCAGGCUGCCCUUCUCUUCACAGAUCUUCCUGCGAGAUCGCCUGAAGGUGAUCUGUGUCAAAUUUGAGGAGCUCCGAGAGGUACCCCUCUGGGUGUUUGGGCUUCGAGGCUUAGAAGAACUGCACCUGGAAGGACUCUUUCCCCCAGAAAUGGCUCGGGGUGCCACCCUUGAGAGCCUCCGGGAGCUUAAACAGCUCAAGGUACUGUCUCUACGUAGCAAUGCAGGGAAGGUGCCAGCCAGCGUUACUGAUGUAGCUGGGCACCUUCAGCGACUCAGCCUGCACAAUGACGGGGCUCGUUUGCUUGCUCUAAAUAGCCUCAAGAAGCUGGCAGUGUUACGGGAGCUGGAGCUGGUGGCCUGUGGGCUGGAACGUAUCCCCCACGCGAUCUUCAGCCUGGGGGCUCUGCAGGAACUUGACCUUAAGGACAACCACCUUCGGUCUAUUGAGGAGAUCCUCAGCUUCCAGCACUGUCGGAAGCUGGUCACUCUCAGGCUGUGGCACAACCAGAUAGCCUAUGUGCCUGAGCAUGUGAGAAAGCUCCGAAGCCUGGAGCAGCUCUACCUCAGUCACAACAAGCUUGAGACUCUGCCCACCCAGCUUGGCCAGUGCUUUGGCCUCCGCCUGCUGGAUCUGUCCCACAACGGGCUUCGUUCCCUGCCACCUGAGUUGGGCCUUCUCCAGAGCCUCCAGCAUCUAGCCCUCUCCUACAAUGCCCUUGAGAGUCUGCCUGAUGAAUUGUUCUUCUGCCACAAGCUGCGGACAUUGCUCUUGGGUUACAACCACCUAACUCAGCUUUCACCCGAUGUGGCUGCCCUCCGGGCCCUCAGCCGUCUGGAGCUCAAGGGUAACAGGUUGGAGACACUGCCAGAAGAACUUGGUGACUGCAAGGGGCUGAAGAAGUCAGGGCUGCUGGUGGAGGACACCCUUUAUGAGGGACUGCCUGCAGAGGUGCGGGAGAAGAUGGAGGAGGAAUGAAGCCUGGUGGGGGGAGGGGCAGGUUGACACAGAGGCCUUUACAUGUUUCUGCCCCAACAUUGUAUUCCAAGGUAGAUAGGUCCAGCAGGAGUGGAAGGAAGGCCAGACAUGUCAGUUUUGUGUAGCUCGGACAAGAUCCUGGGACUGGUUUGUCUAGAGGAGAAACAGGAGGUGGUAGAUUUGGGGUGUAACCCUUAGGGAAGGAUUAACUCAGUCUUAGGCUCUUCAACCAAAACCACACCUGUGUCUUUGGCUGGCUGGCUUGUUCUUCCUCUGAACAUUCCGGCUUAAUUAGUUUCCUAUAUGGGAGUGGGGGACACAUCCCAGUGGGAUUUCCAACCCUUCCCAACAAGGGUCAGCAUAUACUUAGGGUUCUCUCCUAAGGAGAGGAUAUAGGGUCCAAUUCCAAAGUCCCGUAUCCCAAGUUUCAUGCCAAGUCCUUACUGUAUAAGCCCUUUGUGACAGGGAUGGGUACUUAGAACAAUGGCCCUCACACUUAGCUAUGUAAUAAAAUCAGCUGAGGGGCCCGGAAGAAAAUAAAUCCUUUACAUGCUUCCCACCCCACCCCUGAAAUACUGACUCAGAAUUUGGGUGGGGCCAGGAAUCUGCUACUAAGUAAGAAUGCCAGGUAAUUCCGAUUCAGGUGGUCCUGAGACCACAUAGUGGAAAUGCUGACAUAAAGACUGGGCUGGCACUGAAACUCAGUUGGGAGAGUGCCUGCUUGGCAUGCAGGAAGUCCUGGGUCCUGUCCUCAGCAUUUCAUAAAUUAGGAGCAGUGCAACCUAUGUAAUAUAGAGUGCCUGUAUAAUAUUCUGGAGGUGGAGAGAGGAGGAUUGAAAGAUUGGAGCAAGCCUGGGAGACAUAGCAUAGCUUGUCUCAAAACAACUAAGAGUGGAAUACUGAAAUGUCUAGAUAUGGAGCCCCCUUUCUAGAGCCUUAAGAGAGUCCCAUUAAGUUAAGCAUUUUCCUCAGGAAAAUGCUCAUGUAACAUAAAUGAACAAACUGUAAGCCAAGUCUCACUGCCACAGAUCCCCACUAGAGCAUUAGUCAUGCAUUUAUUAAGAUUAGCUGAGUCCAAGUUAAAAUGCCGGUGGAGGCUACCUUUUUUCCUUAGUUCAUUCAGGAAUUUUCUUUUGAAUGUUUCCUGUGCAGGAGAGCAUAUACCACUGGGUGCUUAAUAAACGAAAACUGUAAUUCUGA